CCCCUCUCUCCUCCACCUUGGCCCUCGAUCCCUCGCGCUCUCUCGAUAAGCACCCCGCCAGCAACCCGCCAGCACUGUCGCCCCCCCGCCAUGGCCCCGCAGCCAGGCUCCAACGGCGGCGUCCUGCCCGUGGCUCUGCUCCAAAAGAACGCCCCGGCACAGACUGCCCGUGGUCCAAAGCCCCCCCAGCCCCGCCUCAAGCUGAUCUGCCGCCGCCUCCCCCCAGGCCUCACCAGGGCCGAGUUUGUCGAGGCCCUGGGCGACGAGUGGAGGCUGGGCGCCGGCAAGCUCGACUGGCUCAACUACAGAAAGGGCAAAAUCUCCACAGACGCCGCCAAACCCUCCAAGCCCGCCCGCGUGUACCUGCACGUCACCAAGCAGGACCACGUCAAGGCGCUCGGCGACCAUGUGCGCGCCCUCAGCUUCCACGACGCCGCAAAGUCGUGGCAGGAUCCCGUCCUCGUCGGCCCCCCCACGCUCGAGUAUGCCCCCUACCCCAAGAUGCCGGGUGGCCGCCGCCGCAACGACAAUCGCCAGGGCACCAUCGACCAGGACCAGGAAUUCAAAGACUUUCUCGAGAGCCUCACCAACCCCAUCACCAAGCCCGCCGCGUCCGACAACGACGCUCCAAAGGACAAGGUCAAGACGACGCCUCUGAUUGAAGCGCUUCGCGAGAAGAAGGCGAAUAGGGAUAAGCCUAAUGCAAAGGCAAAUCGGCAGGCUCGGGGCGAGGCCAAGGAAGACGGUGCGGAUCGCGCUGAAAAGAAGAUCAUGACCAAGCCGGCAAAGGAAAAUACGCCCAGCACGGGGGAUAAGAACCGCCGUUCAAACAAGGCGGACAAGGCGCAGGCGACCAAGGACGCCGUCAAGAUACUCAACAAGGAGGCCUCCUCUUCCAAGUCAUCCGCUGUCGCCAACACGCCCGACAAGGCCUCUGCAACUCCACCCCCGGAGCGCAAGCGCGGCAAUGUUGCCCUUGCAAAGUCAAUGCUGCAGCGCGACCUGGGUGUAGCUCCUGCUCCCAACCGUCGGCGGGGCACCAAGCGCGAGGUCAGUACAGCUGCGCCCGACACUGCCACCCAAUCAAAGGAGACCAAGGCCUCAGAUGAAAAGACCAAGGACGCGCCCGCAGCAGCACCGCCUGCAACCUCUACCCCAGACAAGCCCGCUCAAACCAACAGGAAGGAGCGCCCAACACGGGCUGAGCGGCGUGCUUUCAAGGCGAACCAGGGCGACAAGGCCAACGAAAAGUUGGCCACUGCCGAUGCGAAACCACAGACACCACAGAAAACACCAGCCCCCCAGAUCCUCAAGAAGCCUCAGACCCCAGCACCGCCAAAAGGCCCUGCCGCCUCACGAGCUCCACCCACGGAGCCUGCUGCUGUCAGAAAUAGCCCUGCUCCAGCACAGCCGCAGGCCACACCCGCAAAGACAGAGAACCCGCCAACCCCGACCGCCGCCAACCCCCCAAAAGCAGCCUCAGCCUCGGCGGCUCCUGCACCUAUGAGCAAGCAAGCCUUCCUCAAGCACGCCAACCCUAGCCAGGGCAUCACCGAGCCUCUGAUCGAAGAAGCCAUGAGGGCUUUUGGAAGCAUCGACAAAGUCGAGAUUGACAAGCGCAAGGGUUUUGCCUAUGUCGACUUUGCCGAGCCCGAAGGCCUUUUGAAGGCCAUGGCUGCGAGCCCCAUCAAGAUAGCUCAGGGCGCUGUGCAGGUCCUUGAGCGAAAAGAAAAGGUUGCCAGGAAUCCUCGGUUCAAUGCACCGCCAGCUGGACCUGCUCGCGGCGGAGCUCGCGGCAACUUUGCUGCCCGUGGAGGCCGCGGCAGUCGCGGAGCUGCAAGAGGUGGAGGUCAAGCCGGUGCCAAUGCAUCUGCAGGCGCUAGCGACUCUGCUCCUGCUGUGGCCUCACCAGCCCCCGCGCCCGUCGCCACGUGAAGAGCGACUUCCAUGGUCCAGCUUUGUUGACAGUAACGAGCUGAUAUCACAGCCCCUGACGUGUAGGACCCGCCAUCAUACUACAGCAGUCACAGCCAUCAGUCUAUCACCAUCUCGCAUAGUCCUGCAUCAUCGAUAGCACGCCGUCGACAGAUUCGACCAGUCAGAACACAGUAUCAGUAGCAGCUAUCAGGCAUGAUUAUGUUCACACAUAGAUGAUACACAGAGCAUACAGUGUUUUGCUCCUAGCACCAGUCGGGUUUGAAGGAGGAAAAGGCGUCGAGACUCUAUUUCCUGUGAGUCAGGUACGCAGAGAGGCAUACCCGCUUGGGAUUGAUACGACAUG